AUGCCGAGUUUGACGAGCAUCUAUGCCUGUGGGCUUUUAGCCACACAUAUCGUGUGCGCCUCUCAAUUCAGCGACCCGGCGCAAGUGAGGAAGCUUCUCGCGGGGAAUGAGUACACUUUGCUUGCUUGUAAAGACUCCAGUAAAAGCGUAUUGAAAGAAUGGGAAACGGUCCAGCAAAACGUCGCUUCCACCUCUGUCAUCGACUGUCCGUCCAGCCCUAAAUUCUGUCAAGAGAUGGACGUCGUCUCCUUUCCCGCCAUUCGUCUCUACCAUAAGGAUGGAUCAAUGACACGAUAUCGAGGUCCUCGUCGGGCCGCAUCUAUCGAAGCUUUCGUGAAGCGCGCUCUCAAACCAUCCGUACAGGAUGUCCCUGGGCAGCAACUCGCGGACUUUUCCGCCGGCGACGACUUUGUAUUCAUCGCUAAGCUGCAAGGCGAGAGCGAGAGCAUCAAUGCUCAUUACAGAGACUUUGCGCACGAGUAUUCUGAUCGGUAUUCGUUUGGCAUCACCACAAGCAACUCUGUGGGUUCCAAUGGCAUCUGGUGCUACAACAACGUCGACGGGACUCAGCACGCGGCGUCGGACUUGAACGAUCCAAUUGCUUUGAAGAAGCUUCUCAGUAGUUGCACCGCGGAAAUCAUCCCUCAGCUUACACGACGCAACGAGAUGACCCACCUUUCCUCCGGGCGGUCCUUAGUCUUCUACUUCACAAACAAUGAGGCAGAUCGCGAGGCAUACGUCAAAGCACUCAAGCCCGUGGCCCGGCGAUACGCCGAAUUCCUCCAGUUCGUCACCGUCGACUCCCGCGAGUAUCCCGACAUGCCGCUCAAUCUUGGCGUUCGCUCCACCGGAGGCCUAGCAGUGCAGAAUGUCCAUAAUGGACAAAUUUACCGCUUUAGGGGAGAUGCUGUUUCGUCUGGACAGGUCGAUCAGUUUAUUGUGGCCAUCUCAGAAGGAAGGGCGCAGCCUUGGGACGGGGCAUUAGAUGAGGACGAUGAGGCUCAUGAUGAACUCUGA